AUCAGCGCGUCUCUUUCUGUCGGAAAACAUGGCGCCUUGCUUUGUUUGAUAUCCCUCUGCAGCUUCGGGUUUUUUCCCCUCUUUCCACCUUUUUUACGGUCAAACGAACAGAAUUUGCUGUACUCUGGAGAUGCAAAGUUCUCGUGUGUUCCUUACUAUAAGGAAAUGAGCACCGAAAACGGCAGCAAGCUGACUGCACUGGUGACGAAACUUCAUGAGUUCUUGGAUCAUUCUCCAGAGGAAGAAACUGCUGCGUCCGAAGUUAAUGAAAUCUCCAGUGAUAAAAUGGCCUCCAGUGACUCAAACAUCAAUGAUGAAAUAAUGGAAAAGCCCAGUUGUUCCACCGACGUUCCAAAGGCCACGCCACGCUCAAAAAGGAAACCUGCGGUUGUAACGAAGCAUACAGUUGUAAACGAGCCCGAGUCCGCAGAUGAGCGUGAGCAAGAUUGCGUCGCCGAUAAUACCGACGAUGCCGCGGUUAUGGAAGAGAUCCCAGAAGACGUGGUUAUAGUGAAACCAGAACCCGUCAACACCGAAGGAAAAGAUGAAUUCAAAGGCCCGGAGUUCCGUAACAAGGGAGGGAGCAAAGUCAAAGAAGAGGGUCAGAGGAGGCGUCCCGACGAGCAUCUUCAAGAGAUUAGGUGCUCAAGAGUCAAUUGCACUGCGUGUGGCCAGCAAGUCAAUCAUUUCCAGAGGGACUCUGUGUAUCAGCAUCCUAUACUCAAAGUUCUUCUCUGCAAAUCCUGUUUCAAGUAUUACACGAGUGACGACAUCAGUAAGGACGACGACGGAAUGGACGAACAAUGCAGGUGGUGUGCUGAAGGAGGUAAUCUCCUUUGUUGUGAUUACUGUAGCAACGCGUUUUGCAAAACAUGUAUUCUGCGCAACCUCGGACGGAAGGAACUCUCCGGUAUCAUGAACGACGACGAUAAGUGGCGUUGCUACGUGUGCCAACCCGAGCCGCUUCAAGACGUCGUUGCGGCUUGUGAGAAAGUCCUGCGAAACCUGGAGUGUAUGAAAAAGCCGAAGGGGGACCACGAUAAACUGAGACGUGACGGCACGAAGCACAAACGGGGCAAAGUUAAAAACACGGCUCUGAACGGAAAGGACGCGAAUUCCGACGGAUCGGGGACGCUGACCUUUUCCUAUAAAACCUUAAAGGUUCCGAAAGAACUGCUGAAAAAGACGAAGAAACUGAUCGAGACGACAAACGGCUUGAACAGCACGUUCGUGCAGUUCAUCCAGCAGGAACCGGUCUACCUUGGCGACAGCGUUGUCCGACACAGGCAUUUGAAAGCGUUCCGAUCCGUUUUGGCCGACUUGAAAAAGGUCCACACGACUUUGGAGGAAGCGCUCGACGCGGAGUUCAGAGACCUGGAGGUCCAGAAUGGAGAGGGGAACGGGUUAGCAGAUAACGCCAGCGUAGCCCACGCGGUCCCCAACUCUGAGCAUGUCGACCAGAGUAAUAACGACGAUCAGGUGGUUUUAGAUGGCGCCGUAGAUCAGGUUGCAGCUUCGUCGGAGGACUAUGCGGACGAGGAAAACGUAGUUCCGGCUGACGUAGAAAUGACGGAAGAAGCAGUACCCUCUGCGGAAAAUCCAGAGGACGCGGCUGUAGAAAACGAAGCCAGUGCUUCAAAGGUUUUGAAGAGCGAACCCGACCGUGACGACGAUGGCUCAGCAGCCGGAGAGGCGUCUCUUGACAAAGACAUUGUGUCUGUACCACCGUCUGUUCCUGAGGAACUCUUUGAGAUGGUUGAGAGACUUUCAGAUUGCGUAAAACAAGAGGGUGAAAAGGACUCCCUCGAUUCUACAGACAGUACAUCAAGUAAGACCUCGCUGUCUGACAGGAAGUCACCAGAAUCUGGUAAGAAGUCUGCAAAGGUGGGUAAAAAACUUAUCGUAAAGCUCACCCCUAUCCCUCUUAAAAUUACCAUUAAGAAAGAGGACAGCAAGUCACAGUCGAAAGAGAAGGACGGUGCUCUGUCACCAGAUGAAAGCAGACGUUCCCCCAGGAUGAAGACCACUCCUCUGCGCAAGUCGUCCGAAGGGAGGAGUAAGAGUAGGUCCGAUGGUGCGCGAGCGAACGUGAAGGACGAAGACCGCGGCGCUACUUUGCAGAUUCCGGUUUCCAUCGGUCCGUCAGACUCCGACUCCGACGAAGUCCCCGAGGUCCUUCGGCAGGUAGAAGCCAUGGAGGCCAGCUCGGAUGAACGGGAGGCGGAGCCUAACGGCAAGGCCGCGGGCGACGACAAAGCGGAAAAGUCAGUCGAGCAACCCGCGGAAAAGUCGGCGAAGCGCAAGCUCAUCCCGUCCUCCUCGGAUUCGGACGCAGGCGCGAAGUCGUCCAAAACGAAGAAACGGGCCGCCAAAAAAAAGAAGGGUAAAGAAUCCAAUUCGUCAAACCAUGACUCGGAUCUCGAGAAGGAGAUCAAGAGUUUAAGCAAGCUGAGCACUACGAAGAGAUCGUCUAAACGAGGCAAGAAGCAGGCGAACGAGGGCAAGAAGGACGGGGAAGACCGCAAGAACACGAAGGAGGAGGAUGAGGGCGAGGAGGAGGAGGACAAUGAGAGCAAGAAGGUAGAAGGUGAGAGCAAGAAGGAGGGUAAAAAAGGUCCAAAGCGGUCGUUUGAGCGGAAACGGAGGUCCAAGAGGGGUAAAGAAAAUGCCCCGAGAGAUUCAUCCUCGAGUGAGGAAGAGGAGGAGCAGGCAGCAGACUCUGGAGAGGAUAGCAGUGAUCAGCAGAAGAUCAAACCUAUCCUCGAUUCUGCCAUGCCCCACAUGGAUGCUUUCCAUCAGUCAUCAGGAGACGAAGCUCAACUGAAGGAGGAACCCUCUCGGAUGGUCGAUGACGACGACGACCCUGAGAAUAGAAUUGCAAAGAAGAUGCUGUUGGCUCAGAUCAAAGCCAAUUACUCGUCAGGGGACGACAGCUCUUCAGAAGACGAAGACUGCAAAAAAGACACCGAGGAAAAGUCAUCAGCUAAAGCGAAGAACGACGGCAGCUCCGAAGGCGAAGAAGAGGAAGAGGACUCUGAUUCCGGUUCGGAAGUGGACGUGAAAAAGGCCGGGCGGAGACACAAGCUGCUCCGCAAGAAGCUGACGCUGAGCGAGGGCGAGUCCGACAACGACAAACCGUCCAAGAGCAAUAAAGAGGCCAAGAGAAGAGGAAGACGGAAAGUGAGCAGCGACGAGUCCGCCGAUUCAGACUUCAAACGCUCAGCCUCCGGUUCAUCGAGCGAGUCGGCGCUGAGUGAGGAAGUGAGCGAGGACGAUGAGGACAGCAAGAGUAACAAACGCAGAACGCGAUCCUCCAAAAAAACAGAGAAAGACGGCGAAAGGAGUUACCAGAAAGAGAAGAAGAAAAAGAGGCGGCGGAUAAAAGUUCAAGACGACUCCUCCAGCAACAAGAGUGCAGAGGAAGGGGACGAGGAAGACGGAGAAGGGGACGAUGAAAAGGGCACGCCGAAGGGCCGCAAGAAGAUCCGCAAGAUCCUGAAAGAUGACAAGCUGCGCUCCGAGACCCAGAACGCGCUGAAAGAGGAAGAAGAGAGGCGUAAACGAAUAGCUGAAAAAGAGCGGCUGAGAGAAAAACUACGUGAGACGAUCGUGGUGGAGGAAUCCUCGCAGAUCGCCUGUCCCAUUACUACGAAACUGGUCCUGGAUGAGGAUGAAGAGACCAAGGAGCCUCUCGUCCAAGUCCACAGAAACAUGGUGACCAAGCUGAAGCCCCAUCAAGUGGACGGCGUGCAGUUCAUUUGGGAUUGCUGUUGUGAGUCUGUGAAAAAGACUCUGAAGUCAGCCGGCUCUGGCUGUAUCCUGGCUCACUGUAUGGGUCUGGGGAAAACCCUUCAGGUGGUGACGUUUCUCCACACCGUGCUUCUGUGCGAGAAGCUCAACUUCUCCACGGCUUUGGUGGUGUGUCCCCUCAACACCGUCCUCAACUGGCUGAACGAGUUCGAGAAGUGGCAGGAGGGCUUGAAAGAUGAGGAGAGCUUAGAGGUGACUGAGCUGGCCACGGUGAAGAGGCCUCAAGAGCGAGCGUACGCCCUGCAGCGCUGGCAUGAAGACGGCGGCGUCAUGAUCAUCGGUUACGAAAUGUACCGCAACCUAACGCAAGGCCGCAACAUCAAGAGCAAAAAGCUCAAAGAGACGCUCCAGAAGACCCUCGUUGACCCAGGUCCAGACUUUGUUAUUUGCGACGAGGGCCACGUGUUGAAGAACGAAGCGUCGGCCGUGUCCAAAGCCAUGAACUCCAUUAAGACCCGUCGAAGAGUGGUGCUGACCGGAACGCCGCUUCAGAACAACCUGAUUGAGUACCACUGCAUGGUAAACUUCAUCAAAGAGAACUUGCUGGGCUCGGUGAAAGAGUUCAGGAACCGUUUCAUCAACCCCAUCCAAAAUGGCCAGUGCGCCGACUCCACGAUGGUCGACGUGCGCAUCAUGAAGAAACGAGCGCACAUUCUCUACGAGAUGCUGGCCGGAUGCGUCCAAAGAAGAGACUACACCGCACUUACUAAGUUCCUGCCGCCCAAACACGAGUACGUGCUCGCGGUGCGGAUGACGCCAAUCCAGUGCAAGCUGUACAGAUACUAUCUGGAGCACUUUACAGGUGUCGGUUCUGCCUUGGAGGGGGGAAGAGGCCGUGCGGGCACAAAGCUUUUCCAGGAUUUCCAGAUGCUCAGCAGAAUCUGGACCCAUCCUUGGUGUCUCCAGCUGGACUAUAUCAGUAAGGAAAACAAGGGCUACUUCGACGAGGACAGCAUGGACGAGUUCAUCGCGUCCGAAACGGAGGAGUCGUCGAUGAGCCUGACUUCCGAAGACGAGAAACCCAAAAGGAAGAAGAAACGGGGGAAAGGCAAAGGCGAGAGCUCGGACAAGUCCGACAGCGACGACGUGGAGGUGAUUAAGGAGUGGAACACGAGCUCCCGUGGAGGAAACCCAGAGGGGAGGAACAGAGCCGAGCCUGUAGAAGAAGUUCGUCCGAGCAACUCCGGCCCCGGCAGCCCGUCUCCCGACUGGUACAAGGAAUUUGUGACCGAAGCGGAUGCCGAAGUUCUGGAACACUCUGGAAAAAUUGUGCUGCUGUUCGAAAUUCUGCGAAUGGCGGAAGACGUGGAAGAUAAAGUUUUGGUGUUCAGUCAGUCCCUCAUUUCACUGGACCUCAUCGAGGAUUUCCUGGAGUUAGCAGGCAGGGCCAAAGAGGAAGGAAAACCCUCUCCUUACAAAGGUGAGGGCAAGUGGUUCAGAAACAUUGACUACUACCGACUGGAUGGUUCUACCAAUGCCAUUACUAGGAAGAAAUGGGCUGAAGAAUUCAAUGACACCAGCAACGUUCGGGGUCGUCUUUUUCUCAUCUCGACAAGAGCUGGUUCUCUAGGGAUCAACCUAGUGGCAGCAAACCGGGUCAUCAUCUUCGAUGCCUCGUGGAAUCCGUCCUAUGACAUUCAGAGUAUUUUCAGGGUGUACCGCUUCGGCCAACUGAAAACCGUGUACGUCUACAGGUUUUUGGCUCAGGGAACCAUGGAGGAUAAGAUUUACGACAGGCAGGUGACCAAACAGUCCCUAUCAUUCCGUGUGGUGGACCAACAGCAGAUUGAGCGCCACUUCACCAUGAACGAACUGACUGAACUCUACAGUUUCGAGCCAGACCAGCUGGAUGACCCGUCGGAAAAGAAAAGCAAGAGGUCCACACCCAUGUUACCCAAGGACCCAAUUCUCGCUGAGCUACUUCAAAACUUCAAGGAUCAGAUUGUGGGUUACCACGAGCAUGAUUCUCUGCUGGACCACAAAGAGGAGGAGGCUUUGAGUGAGGAGGAACGUAAGGCCGCUUGGGCCGAGUAUGAGGCAGAGAAAAAGGGUCUCUCCAUGCGCUUCAACCAGCCGGCGUAUCCUUCCGUAGGCAUCGGAGGAUCGUCCAACUACUUCCCCUUCAACGUGGCAGCUCUGGCCUCUAUGUCCAACCAGCAGCUGGAGGACCUGAUCAACCAGGGUCGACAGAAGGUGUUGGAGGCCACCAACGCUCUGAAGUCUUUGCCCCGGGAGCCGCUUGAGGACAUCGUCGGGCAGGUGUGGAAGGAGAAUCCCAGUCUGUCAGAGGCCCAGGUGCAGGGCAUGGCUCUGGCCAGACAGGCAACCAUCGACAUGGAGCUGAAACACAGAGAGGCCGUGUACCGAGACAUUCUCAAUAAGCAGCAGACGCUGAUGAUGUAUGUGCAGAAGGUGAUCGCCAAUCGAAAGGUUCAGGAGCAGCAGCUGGCGCUUGCCAGGCAGGGGAUACUGAUGAACCAGCUGGCCCUUCAGAACGGCAUCGCUGGGGGAAUGAGUCAGAUGGAACUGCUGGGCCUGUACCAACAGCUGGGUGCCCUCCAGGGUCUGCCAACCUCCCAGAUAGGCAAGAACCCAGGGCCCUCAAAGGGCCUGUAGAUGCCCUCACUGUAAAACCGUGCCCCCUUUUUAUUUUUAUUUUUUUUGGCCAGCUCCUGUGUGGGCAUCCCAAAAUUAACCAGCUCGGACCCUUUUUGCCCCUUUUGAGCGUUCAUGUAGAAAUCUGGGAUGGAUAUCUAGAAGACUUUGGCAGUAUGGUCAAGAAGAAAAAAAAAAAGAGAAAAAAAAAAACAAAACAAAGAAUGAACUUACAACCUCUGUGGACCAUAGUGUUGCUCAUUACAUGUUCUAAGUGAUCUAGAAGAAUCGUAUUAGGUACUGCAUAAUAUCUGUCUACUAGUAGAUGAUCAGUGGUGCUGUGAAAGCCCAGUGCCCAAAACGCACUGUUAAACACCUUAAACAAAGAAGGAGGUGGGGUGGGGUGGGAGGGGUGGGAGGGGUAGGGGGGGGAGAUUUAAAAAUAGAUGCAGUGAUGGCCUUACAUCAACAGUUUUGUUGUUUUUCAAACACAUUGAAGAGACUCUUCUUUUCUAUUAUGCUUUUAGGCUUUUACACUUUUUGUCGUUGCUUAACUUGUAAUGGAAUGCCCGUGUUGUUCAAACUGCUUGCCAGGUUCCCUGGACUUUUCUAUCUUCUAAUUCCUCGUUGUAAAGUGAUGCCUAGCAUAGUGUUGUACUGUUCAUUUGUUUUGUUCCUCUCGUCUUAGCGGGUCCUCGUCUCUCCGAGACGACUCUCUGGUCGUGUUCCUGUAAUUUAAAGGCAAAUUAUACCGGUUACAAGGCUCGCCUUGUUGGCAGCCGAGACACAGUGAUGAGGCACCAAUCCCAUGAUCCUUCAGUUCUGUUGACGGAUACUUCUUCUUAAGUCACCCGAAGCCAAUCAACUUGGUCACGAGAACCCUAUUGGUCACCCAUCAUCAUUUUUGGUGACGUUUUUAACGAACAUAAUUUUUUAUCCCCCCCAAUAGAUAUAUUUAUCAUAUUUCCCUGAAUUAUUGUCUGUUCGACGACAUGGGUGCGAUGAUGCGUGCAUUGUGAAAACCUCUGAGAAUAGACACUCUGAGGAAAACCCUAAUAACCAGAAGAUCAGAGCAGCGUACAAGAUGAUUUCCCUUCAUUGGAAGUAAGAAGCCCAAACCUGCUCCAGGAUGAACUCGACCGGCCUGCACGGAGUCCUGACCUCGACCCCCACUGAACACCUUUUGGGAUGAACUGGGAUGAACACGGCCAUCCCCGACCUCACUGAUGCUCUCAGACAGGGGCGUCCAAUCUGAUCCGGAAAGGGCCGGUGUGGGUGCAAGUUUUCAUCCCAACCCAGCAGGAGAAACACCUGAGUCCACCCGUUUAAUCAGUUGUUAUUGGCUUUCAAUAGACUAAGGUGUGGCUUCUGCUCGGUUGGAACGAAAACCUGCACCCACACCGGUUCAUUCCGGAUAAAAUUGGACGCCCCUGAUCUAAGGGGCAAAUCACCACAGCCAAAUUUCAAACUCGAGUGGAAAUCCUUCCCGUAAGAGUAGAGGAUAUUAUGACACCUUUUGGGGAGUAAAUCUGGAGUACGAUGUUCAACAAGCACGUGCGUAUGAAGAUAAAGUCCGGCAUCCACCCCUCUUAUGCUGACCAGCCCCACAGCCAGGCUAAUGAACUCCAGGAUACCUGCCAUAGAGAAACUCUGAAUUUGGCCUUGCGUUAUGGAAACACGAUGAACCUGUUAAUGGCUGUAAAGAGCCAGACGUAUGAAGGAUUGCAGUAACGCUACCCAGGUGUCAUCAAGUUCCGUCUUGGGAAUAUGUAUGGGAUGGGUAAUGCAUUUUACAGCUUUUUAAAAUAUGCUCUUGUAGCUCUGAUGUGCACUUUAGGCUACGUACUGUAGGAGUUAGCGAGAUGACGAGGUUAAGCGGAUAAAGCGUGAAGAAAGGAUUGCAGUGGAGCCAGAUUCUACCCCAGGAACGCUGGGGACGAGGCGGGAAUACACCCUAGAUGCGAUGCCAGUCUGUCCCAGGGCACCAUAUGCACACAACCCACCUUCCAGCAUGUCUUGGGAGGUAGGAGGAAACUGGAGAACCCUGGAGAAAGCCGUGUGGUGGUAAUGUUAUCCACAGGCAAACCUGUUUUGUGUUCAUUUCAAUCGAGUCACAAGCUUGUUCUUGAUCUCUUUGCUUAGUAAUAUUACUUGCUAAUGGGUUCGCAUAUUCUAGAUACGCUCUUCUGUGCUUUCUCGAAACUGCUUAAAUAAGGGUUUGUUUUAUUUUUUACGUGAUGUUGGAUCCAAACUUACACCGAACGCCUCUGUGGCUUUGUGGAUCAACAUGGAUCAGUUACUAAAAUGGCACGGGCGUUUGAAGAUGACACACGAGCUCUGGACGCUGAUCAAGAACAUUUCAUGUUUCAUAUCUGCAUUUAAUCAAAGCCGGGGCCUGCUUCUACCAUGCCUGCCUUGAAUUUGCAGAGCCGAGGAUGCUAGAAACAUGCACGCCGAACACCCAGUCCAAUAAAAACGGCUUGUUUUGGCUGAGGAAAAACAAGCAUUAAACUUCUUUGGAUUCCGCAGUGGUCAUGCUUUAAUUUAGAGAUAUUCCAGCCUCCUGAGCGAGGCUGCACCUGCACAAUGGCUGUCGAACGCACAUGUCUGUGCCCUGACCUCAUUUGUUUACCACUCUUACACUAACCACUCCUUGGAUGAUUUAUAUUAGUGGUAUAAUUAGUCGUGUGUGUGUGUGUGUGCGUGCAUACACA